GCCCUCCCCGCCCUGUCUCUCGCUCCCUGCCAAGCCCCGAAGGGACAGCCAGGCGCCCCAGGCCAAACAAGGACUUGGUGGAGCCACUUCUUGGAUGAAGUAAGGACUCUUCAAUAAUAUAGGAAGAAGAUAUCCUCUCAAGGUGAUGAUCUUGCUGAAUUCUGGACCUCACUUACAGAGAAGAAAGAAGAAAGAAGAGUCAAGUAUCUGAAUUGCAAUUAAACACCCAUAUCACUGUUCACAUGACAGAGGAAGGAUCUAAAUGCCUGGAAUGUGGAAAAAGCUUCACUGGCAGUGGAUGCUCGCAUUUACAUCAAAGGACUCACACUGGGGAGAAACCCUAUGGAUGCCUUGAGUGUGGACAGAGCUUCGCUCAGAGUUCAGAUCUACGUUUGCAUCUUAGGACUCACACUGGGGAGAAACCCUAUACGUGCCUGGAGUGUGGAAAGAGCUUCGCUCAGAGUGGACAUCUAGGUAGACAUCAAAGGAUUCACACUGGGGAGAAGCCCUAUAAAUGCCUGGAGUGUGGAAGGAGCUUUGCUCGGAGUGAUGAUCUAAGUUCACAUCAAAGGACCCAUACUGGGGUGAAACCCUAUACAUGCCUGGAGUGUGGCAGGAGUUUCACUCAUACUUCGAGUCUACGUUCACAUCAAAGGACUCACACUGGGAAGAAGCCCUGUGAAUGCCCUGAGUGUGGAAAGAGCUUCACUGAGAGUGGAAGUCUACGUUCACAUCAAAGGACUCACACUGGGGAGAAACCCUAUACAUGCCUGGACUGUGGGCAGAGCUUCACUCAUAAUUCUGGUCUAUGGGCACAUCAAAGGACUCACACUGGGGAGAAACCCUACGCAUGCCUGGAGUGUGGAAAGAGAUUCAAUCAUAGUGGAAGUCUACGUCAACAUCAGAGGACUCACACUGGGGAGAAACCCUAUGGAUGCCUGGAGUGUGGACAGAGCUUCACUCAGAGUUCUCAUCUACGUUCGCAUCAAAGGAUUCACACUGGGGAGAAACCCUACACAUGCCUGGAGUGUGGACAGAGCUUCAUUCGUAGUUCAGGCUUACAUUCGCAUCAAAGAACUCACUGGGGAUAAAACUUAUAAACACAUGUCUUGUGGAAAGGGACAUAGAAUUCGGAUGGGAGAGAACAGUGGUAGGCAUUUGACCCCAGAAAGACUCCAAGACAGAGCUUUCCAAACCUUUUAUGUUGAUGACGCUUUUUAGACAUACAACCUCCACCGGAGGUUAAACUAACCAAAUAUAUGCUUUUCAAUAUAUAUAAUAUAAUAAUAUAUAGAGAUCCCUCAAGCUGCGCUAACCUACGGCCCUGUACAGUUGAUCACUGUGGAAGAAGCUGAGGUGGCACUGAAGUGCAUGAAACCAGGUAAAGGUACCUGACCUGCUGGCUGGUUGACACAAUUGUUCAAUCAGAUUGUUGCUGAGAAAAAGACACCUGUAGACUGGCAGCAAAACACAACUAUACCAACCUGGAAGGAAAAAAGCAGCCGUGGGAACUGUACAACCUACCGGCCAAUCCACCUGCUAUCCCAUACUAUGAAGAUCUUUGAACCUGUCACCAACCACAGAAUUGGCAAAAUUGUCCACCUUCCUACCAACUAAUGUGGUUUUGUCUCCAUUUGCAGUACCAUGCUGUUUACCGAAGAACUGGUCAGUUGGGUCCGGAUUCUGUACAGCUGAUCCAAAAAGCAAUGUAGAAGCUGUCAGUUUCCUGUCACCAUCACGGGUCUGUCCUCUCUCCUUUUUGUUGUUGUAUGUUGUAAUCUAGAAAUCUGGAGAAACCGGCACCUUGGACUUUGCUGUAUGCUGACAACGUAAUGCUCGGGCAGAGUACCCGAUGACCAGUGAGGAGGAGACUGGCACCAUCCAGAUGGACGGGGUGAAUCUCCCAAAAGUCAACACCUUCAAGCAUCUCAGAUUGAUGAUAACUUCAGGUGGCAACAUUUUUGACGAAGUCAUCACAUGGAUUAACGCGGCUUGGAUGAAAUGGUGCAUGGUCACAGGUGUAUUCUGUCACAAGAAAAUGCCUGAUCACCUGAAAUAAAAAAAUCUACCUAUCAAACUGUUGUAAGGCCUUCCACAAUAUAUGGAACCGAAUGCUGGCCGGCAACAAAGGAAGCAGAGCGCUGCCUCGGUGUUAUGGAGGUGAGGAUGCUGAGACUUACAGCUGGCGUCACACGCCUUGAACAUACCCGCAACCAUGACAUCUGGGCAAUGCUUUGGCAUUUCUCCAAUUGCUGACAAACUACGAGAAUCACGCCUUGGGUGAUAUGGUCAUGUUCUCCAGUGGGAAGAUGAACAAGAUUGCUCUUGAUUUAGAAGUGCUCGGCAAGAGAGCAAAGGGACGACCGAAGCAACGCUGGCUGGACACGUUGCACAAUGGCCUGAAGACUGCGGACAUACACCCUGAUUGGGCACACAGCCGGGUGAAAUGGCACCACACACCCAUAAAGCAGACCCCGCCAUCAAGCGGGACUGACACUGAAGAAGAAGAAGAAGAUCUAGAGAUAAGAAUAAACAAUUCUUGUGUAGUUUCCUCUGCAGCUGCUCCAUCACAAACAUAGUUAUUGAUGUAUUUGUGUUUCUUCAUUAGAAAUUUAUCCAUUUUGGUGGCAAUUACUGCAACUCAAGCAACAAACUGUGCAAAUAACAAAAGUUACAGCAACCUCCACUUGGACACACCAGCACUGCCCUUCUGUCGCGAUUACCCCUCUCUGGUGUUUUUAAAGAGAGGCUGGCCUCCCCCGGUGCUUUGGCUGUGCCUUCCUGGCUGGCUGGCUGGCUGUGGGGGUCUGGGCUCAGUCGAUGCCUCUUGAGGCCUCUUCCAGCCCCAGGGAAGGACAGACUAGACUGCCUGGGAGCCUGGGGUCUCCUCUGGAGGUCUUUCGCUGAGGUUAGAUGGCCGUCUCUUGGGAGGGCUUCUAUUGUGCCUUCCUGCCUGGCUGAAGGGGGCUGAACAAUACCCUUUGGGGGUCUCUUCCAGUGGUGGGGGUGGGGGACCUUUUCUCAUGCGAUGCGCCUAACACCUUCGGAGAAAGACCCAGAAAUAUUGGACCCAAAUGCAUACGAUGCUGAAUGAAGAUGGUUAAGGUUGCAUUUACAGUGAGGCCAGAGUUUGCUUCAUAGGAAUGCUGAACAGUCAUCUCUUUUUUGAAAAUAUUUUUAUGUAUAAAUGUAUCACUCGAAAUGUAUUAUAAGGAUCCCUCCUUUCCCCUUUUCCCAAUAUCUUGGGCAGGGAAGGAUGCCGUAUUUUGCACAGCUAGAAAGAAGAAAACCAGACACACCUUAAGCAUGCUUCUCAUCAGUUUUUAACUUUCCUCAAUUACAAUGUAUACUACAUAUACAUCUACUACACAUAUUUUAUUUGCUUAUACAUAGUGUAUUUCUUUAUUAUUAUGAUUGACAUGAAGACAUAGU